AUGGUGGGAAUGGGACAGAAAGACUCGUAUGUUGGAGAUCAGGCUCAGUCCAAGAGAGGUAUCCUGACUCUUAAGUACCCGAUUGAGCACGGUAUUGUCGUAAACUGGGACGAUAUGGAAAAGAUCUGGCAUCAUACUUUCUACAAUGAGCUCAGAGAAGCACCCGAAGAGCAUCCCGUGCUUCUUACUGAGGCUCCGUUGAACCCCAAAAGCAACAGAGAAAAGAUGACAACAAUCAUGUUUGAGACUUUCAACGUGCCAGCUAUGUACGUAAAUAUCCAAGCUGUAUUGUCAUUGUACGCAUCUGGCCGUACUACAGGUAUCGUACUUGAUACUGGAGAUGGGGUCACCCACACCGUGCCCAUCUAUGAGGGUUAUGCACUUCCUCACGCAAUUCACCGACUUGAUCUGGCUGGUCGUGAUCUCACCGACUACAUGAUGAAAAUUCUUACCGAGCGUGCCUACACCUUUACUACCAGUGCCGAACGAGAAAUCGUUAGAGACGUCAAGGAAAAGCUGUGUUAUGUUGCUCUGGACUUUGAAAAAGAACUCUCAGUUGCUGGCUGCUCAUCCUCACUUGAAAAGAGCUACGAACUUCCCGAUGGACAAGUCAUAACCAUUGGAAGUGAGCGCUUCCGUUGUCCUGAGGUUCUCUUCCAACCUAACUUCAUUGGAAUGGAAUCAUCAGGUAUACAUGAGACUACUUACCAGUCCAUCAUGAAGUGCGACGUUGACAUCAGAAAGGUAUGGACUUUUUAUAACAAAUAUUAGUG